AUGAGAGGGAGAACAGUGGCUUCUAAAUUCAUGGUGCAAAAACAGAGCACCACGAAUCUCGAGAAGAAGAUCGAAGAUCCUUUGUUUUCGAGUGCUAAAACAAAAUCGAACCGUGUGGUGGAUCUCGCCACCCCCAUGCAGAGCCGCCGCAAAUCGUGUUUCUAUAAGCUACGAGAUAGGGAUGAAGACAAGGUUAAAAGCAGGAAAGGCAAGAGCUUGAGCUUGAGUGUCAGCCCAAAAUCACGCCGAACAACAUCCAAGGCUCAGCCUCCAAGGCCGGCGGCGACCACGGCGGCGUCUAAAAGAGCUGUGAAGAAAGAAGACGGGGUUCUUGCUACAAUUCAACCCAAAAAUCUUUUCAAAGAGGGAGAAAAAUCAAUAACCGCGAAAAAACCACCCAAACAGGGAAGGGUGGUGGCGAGCCGGUAUAAUCAGAUUGUCAACCAAAGCAAUGGGAAUUUGGCUAGUAACAUUGCUCGAAAGCGGUCUUUGACGGAAAGCGAUAAGGAGGAGAGUAACAGGCAGGGCAAGAGGCUUGCUUUCCAUGAAGAAAUGAUAGAUUCCUGCAAGAGCCAGAAGCGUAAAAGCAGAGUGAAAUGGGAGAAUCUAUGUACAGAGUGA